GGAUUAGCGCCUGAGAAUCUGCUCCAGCCUCUUCCACUGAGCCGCUGAGACGCCUCCAGAAGGGCACGACACUCGCCGCUCGCUUCCCUCCCCAAGCCUUCCACAUGAGCCUGCCAAGCCUUACCUCCCAACCAGGAUGAAGAAAGAGAGGAAAACGCAGAUUUUACUGUUUCUCAUCUUGGUUCACUUCACCUUGGUACCUGCCCUUUUAGCAAGGCAAUCAGACUACGCCCCAUAUUUUUAUGACAAUGGACCCAGCAGUACAAAUGGGAAUAUGGCCUUGUUCAGCAUCUCUGAGGACACAGCUAUCGGAACACACAUAUACACACUUAAUGGCACAGACCCAGAGGGCGAUUCUGUGCGAUAUUCCCUGACCUUUGAAAAGGGCUCCAGAGAAUAUUUUAAAGUGGAUCCCAAAUCAGGAAACGUGACUCUGGUUCAGGAGCUCGACAGAGAGAAACAAGAUGAAAUAUCAGCGAUUGUGAGCAUAACAGACGGUCGCAACAAAGUUAUCGAGACCGUGAGAGUGUUUGUCACUGAUGCCAAUGAUGAGCGCCCUGAAUUCCAAAACCUGCCUUAUGUUGCUGAUAUCCCAGAGGACACUGAUCCAGGGAGCAGCAUCUUCAGAGUUCAAGCUGUGGAUAAAGAUAUGGGUUCUGGAGGCAGCGUCUCAUACUUCCUCCUGAGCUCGCCACCUGCCAAGUUCAUCAUUGACGCGCACAGCGGGGUCCUCAGGAUCAAACCUGGUGAGACUUUGGACUACGAGACUGAACCCACGCUUUUUCUCAUGGUGGUUGCCAAGGAUGGAGGAGGGAAGUACAAGGGGAAGCAGCAGGUGUUGACCUCCACCGCCAACAUAACAAUCAAUGUAAUUGAUGCCCAAGACACGCCCCCUUUCUUUGUCGGGACCCCUUACUUUGGCUACAUCUACGAGGUCUCGGUUCCUGGUUCUGAAAUAUUCACCGUGUAUGCUAAAGACGGAGAUCUAGGCAAUCCCAACCCCAUACAUUAUUCUAUUAUUGGCGGUAGUGAUGGUGUCUUUGACAUAAAUAGCACGAACGGCUGCAUCAGUCUUGCAACCCAUCCAGUCCUGCUGAAAAAUGAAUUGUAUGAAAUUAAAGUCAAGGCGUCGGAGAUAGGUCCAAAUGACCAGCUGAUGGACUACGAUAUCACCAUGGUAACUGUCCGUGUGGUGGAUCUCAACAACCACCCCCCAACCUUCUAUGGAGAGAACGGGCCACAGAGCACGUUUGAGGUGACCAUGAAUGAGCACCCCCCUGCAGGGGAGAUCCUGAGGGGCUUUAAGAUCACUGUCAACGACUCAGAUCAGGGAGCAAAUGCUAAAUUCAAAUUGAGACUAGUGGGGCCGAGCCGAGUGCUGCGAGUGGUACCCCAAACUGUCCUCAAUGAAGCACAGGUGACCAUCAUUGUGGAAGACUCAUCUGGUAUUGACUAUGAAAAGGGACCAACCAUAUCAUUCAAGUUGCUGGCAGUGGAGAUUGACACGCCUGAGAGGUUCAGUGCGACAGCUGACAUAGUGAUUAACCUCCUGGACACAAAUGACAAUAUCCCCAAAUUCACAUCAGAGUAUUACAUCGCCAGGGUCCCGGAGAACUCCCCUGGAGGCUCUAACGUUGUGUCUGUAACAGCAAAUGAUCCAGAUUCGGGGCCUUGGGGCGAAGUCAAAUACACAAUUUAUGGAUCAGGAUCAGAUUUAUUUGCUAUCCAGCAGUCAACAGGCAUCAUCUACACCCAGCCAUGGGCCACGCUGGAUGCAGAGGUCAGGUCCAAGUACAACUUUUAUGUCAAGGCUGAGGAUUCAGAGGGAAAGUACAGCUUGGCUGAAGUCUUCGUCACUGUCCUUGACAUGAAUGACCACUCGCCAGAGUUUGAUCACAAACUCAUGGAAAGGACCAUGAUUAUUGGUGCACCUGUCAAAGUAGAGGCAGUGGAUGAAGAUGCAGAGUCUCCUAACAACGUCAUUGAGUACUCCAUCAUGAAAGCUGACCCCGACAAUGCGUUUGAUAUCGAUGCGGAGACGGGGGAGAUCAAGCUGAAGCCUUAUAUCAAGUCCAUGGCCAUUGUUCAGAACAUCACCAAGCAGAAGGACUGCAAGUGGUCUCUGGUGGUCCAGGCCAGGGACAGAGGCUAUCCGUCCUUCAGCACAACAGCCGUGGUCAAUAUCGAUAUCACUGAGGCGGCUACCCUCAAGGGGCCUAUGGGGGUCUUUUUAAUGAAAAGUAGGGAUAAUCCAUUGAGAGCUAUAGGUGUGGUCACUUUUAUCAUUAGCUUAUUGGUAGGAGUGACUGUCUUGGUCUCUGCGGCUAUGUACAUGCGCAACACAAAGUCAAACAGGAUCAUGCCAGCACGUCGCGUCAUCAAGAGGCGACCCAGGGACCAAGAGCCCUGGAACUUGCCCCUUUUGAAACUGAACAACCCGGCAGACAAGUUCAUCGUUGGCGAUCCGGAGAGCAACCCCAUGCAGACCGGCCGCAGCAGCCGACCAAAGCCGCCACCACCCAGUGCCCCCAGCUUGCCCCCUCCACCCCCCUGCAGCACACGGCCCACCGAGUGGCCCCGGGCAGUGCCCACAAUCUCUGGUGCACUGGCAGCGAAAGGCUCCAAGAAAGCAAAAGCCAAUCGCCGCAAAGAGGGGAACAUCAGCUCCGCCUUAGUUUCAGAGCUUAAAAUGAAGCUGGAGCAGAAAAUCAUAGAGAGCAACCAAGGUUAUUGCUAACUCUGUCAAACAAACCUUUUUGUUCUUCAAGACUGGUGGACACUUGGAUCACCCUGUGGCAGUUCUACUGCUCCUACAUCAUCAGCUGUCUGAGAGGCCUCGCCUGAACCUGACGUGAUGAUUUGCCGGGGUUGGCCUACCUUUUGAGUAUUCAUGAAACAGAAAGGUGAUACAGUCAAUCAUGUUUCAAUACUGGAUAUUGAACAGGUGAACUGCACUGCAACCUUUUUUGACCUGGCCAAGCCAGUCAGAGGGAAGAACAUGAGUCUGUGUGUAGUAUCCUCCUUGAUAAUUCACACACUGCCAUCUUGAGGAGGAUUACAUCAUGUUAACAACAGUAAGAACCUCCACUGUAAAUUGCCUGAAGAGAGGAUUACUACGAUUAACUGUGUAUACAUAUGUUCUCAUUAUUUCCUGGAAAGUAUCAUGCUGAAGACCCUGUAAUUGUAGGACUGCACCCUAUAUCCUAAAAAUGAAUCCAGUUUUGCUUGCUCACUGGAGCUUGCAGCUGAAUAACACAGACAUGACAACCACCACUGCUUAAUACGAAGUGCUGAAGGAUCUGUGAAGUAAUCGUUUUUUUCUGUGUUAUAUCAGCCGCUCGAGCGCUGAGAAGUUGCUUUUUUGUACAAUUAUGAUGUGCCACCGUAGGCUUUCAAGACGAAAUAAGCUGACCAAGUUGCUUUUAUUUACACGAGUGUUAUCCUAGAUUGAUGAUUUUCUAUGACAUGAGUCUAUUUUGAAUGUACAGCGUUGUAUUGUUUUCAUUACUGUGGGCAAAGCUAUAUGAAAUGACAUGGACAUGACAUGCCCUCCACAUGAAUGUAUCUUUCCAAAGUAAAUAAUGCAAUUAGUCAUAGCUUCUCAGAGCUUGAAAUCAUCAGGUUUAGAGUGCUAUGUAUUCAAACUUGGAUGUUUCCUGUAAAAAUAUAGAUAUAGAUAGUGUCUAUUCUGUGUAAUUAAGGCUAAAUGUAUAAAACUGCUUGUCAUCAGCACAGUCUUUUAUUGUUCAAUGCCUUCAAAUGUAGGCAGAUCAAUUUACAGUCAUUUCAUUGCUAUAAUGAAUAUCUCUUACUUGUCCAUAUCUUAAUCAACUAUAUAUUACACUUGCCUGUCCCUUUUGAGUGACAUCUUUGUAUUGUCUUUGUACUGUCUUGAUUUUGAAUAAAUAUUUGAAAAUAAUCA